GUUUUCUUUCUCGGUCUCGUCGCUUCUUCGAGAGUUCAGUCUCUUUCUCUCUUUCUCUCUUCCUCACGCUGGAGACUCUUCCCCUCUUUCCUGUUCCCGCCUCUUCAGCGCCCGAUCAAAAAAGAUGCGCGCGGCACAUGCAGAGAGAGAGAGAGGCGAUCGGAAACUCGGACUUCUUUAAGGAGGAGACAAGAAGCCUAAGACUCCUUCCUCUCCUUCGUGUUCUCGCUCUCCCCUGCACAAAACCGCGUCAUAUCGUCUGCAUGCUGUCGUCGCGCUGAGAGUUGCCUUCUGCAAAAAAUACCUUGAAGUUUCUACGAAACGCGGGAGAGCCUGACGCCCGCGAGUCGUUCGAUCUGAGAAGAACAAGUCUCGGCGUUUUGGGGCUCUCCUCGUCUGUUUGCUGCGUCUCAAAAUGGUGGAAAUGGAACUUUUCCAAAUCGAAGCCUCUGGUGUCGGAUUGCGGUGAAGACGCUGUCCUCCCUACACUUCUCGCCUCUCCUUCCGAGCUUACUCGCCCUGCGGUGUUGCGUUUCGUUCUUUCUCUUCGUCUUUCGGAAGACAGACAAGAUGGGGGAGGAGCUGAAGCUGCGCGAGCAACGGCUGGAUAUCUGCGUGGAAGAUUUCCGCGAGAAAACGGUUUACGGAUCCUCCACUCUCGUAAUUGAAGUGGGGUCCUCUGUCUCUGCGGCUAUUGCGUCUGCUCUUGCGACUUCUGAAGGAGACGAAGGAGCGAGAGACCUCACUCAGAAAGAUGCUCUUUCUUCUCCGCCUGUCGUCCUGCCUCUCCAGGUUCCGGCCGCAUGUGUCGUGAAGCGCGUCUGGGUCGACGAACAGGAAACAGAGUUCUCUUUGCCUUCAGAAGAAACGCGCAAUGGACGCUCUUCUCUUUCUCUCCUUGGAGACGACCAAGGCGGCAUCCACUUCGACCUUCUCUCGCUGCGCCUACGAACAGCUAGGGAAGCGGCGAGGCGCGACGGAGAGCGACAGAUGCUUGUCCAGCUUCCAGAGAAAACGGUCGACAAAUUCCAGGCUCGCGUUAGACAGAGACUCCGCGUAUCAAUCGACUUCAAGCUGGUGAAUCCGAGUUUCCGAACCUCGUCGCUGUACUUCGCUGACCACUGGCUGUCUCCGCCGCAAGGCCCCCAUCGUUUGUAUCGGCUGCUGCUCUCCUCGCACUCGGCGUCUUCUCUUCCUUGGUUCCCCACACUCCCCGUCUCCGCGUACGCGUCUCCGUGGUCGCCGCCGUCUCCCGACUCGCAGAAGUCUCGGUCCUUAAACAAGUCGAAGGAGGCGCCGAGUGCAUGCGCGCGCUGCCGGUGGGUCCUCUCCGUCGACGUCCCUGAAGGGAACGUCGCCGUUGGGCCAGGACUGCUCGUGCGACGCGCGCGCGUCUGUCGCCAGCGAAGGUUUGGAGCAGCCGACGACGAGGACGAGACGAAGACUGCGGUGGAGAAGGGUGCCGACCUGCUCGGGGAAGUCGCGGGACGAGAUGGCGCCGCGACAGAAGCGAACGACCGGGAGCAGGGUGCGAGAGCCUUCGCUUCACACCCCAAGUCGACGCGCAUGCGCUUCGAGAGAUUCCUCUUCGUCGUCGAACCGCCUCCCAAACGCGGCGCACAGAAGGAACGCCUUCCGCUCGCGGCGGUGGCGAAUCUGCCGCUCCUGCCACCGCAGGUAUCGCUCUUUGCAGGGCCGCUGACGGCGGUCGACGGGAACGAUCCCGCCGCCGUUGCCUAUCCGGUCACCGCCUCCUCCAUCGGACUGGGGACGCAGGCGGCCGAGACGCGCGCCAAAGACGGCGGCGCAGAAGACUCACGAGACGGCGACGAAGACGAAGGUGCAGACGAGAAGCAUGAGGACGACGACGGAGACGAAGAACUCAAAGCUGAAGGCGGCGACCUCUCGGGUGGCGAAGACAACGACAGUCUCGUCAGCGGACUGCAGAGCGACAUGCUUGACGUCUCUCGGCGGGCCUCCGCCAACGCCUGCGCGCCUCCGCUUGGCGGCCCAGACGGCGAAGAAGGCCCGAAGGCCCUGUCUCCUUUGGACCCCACAGAGGAGACCCCUGCCUCCGGGGAACCCCUCAGAGGCGGACAGACUCCAGGAGACGCAGAAGAGCGACAGGGAGAGGACGGAGAAAGACGAGAGGAAGAAGGACGAGAGGAAGGAAGUCGAGACGCGACCUUUGCAUGCUCACGCGUCCCAGUGGUGACUUACAUGACCUUGAAGGGAUUCGAGAGUCUCAUCAGUCCUACCACGGCGGCUGUUCCUCUGUGUUUCAGCGUCUUCUCUCGCGCCUUGUCUUCGCCAUCUCCCUUUUCGUCUCUGCUUCUUCUCUUCUUGCCCAUCGCCGUCGAGGGCGGCGUGAGUUGGGCGUUGCCUUCCUCGUCUGCUCUCGACGCAGCUGGUGCCGCAGAGAGCACAGACGAAGCCUCGCGAGGCUUCUCCGAAGUCGCGGAUACUUCCGCAGCGGACGUCGCUGCGGGGGCCGAUCUGAACAGAGGGCAACUGCCGCAGUUUCAUCUUUCGCGAAACCUUCUCGUCUAUCCUCUGGACCUUCUGCAUGCUGAGGAACAAGUGGGGACGGACACCAGCUGCUACACUGCUCGCAUUUUAAUCGCUGAGGGCCUCGCGACUGCCUGGCUCGACGCCUUCACUUUCUUCUGGUCUUGCGGAGACCAAAAAAAACAAAUCGACGGAAGUGCUCUCUUCCUGGGGACUGUUAAAAUUCUUGUCGACCUCUUCAUUCAAGCCAAUUUUGGAUUGGUGGAGCUGAAGAUUCGUCGCUGGGAGCGUCUCCUCCGCUACGUAGCUCUCGUCGAGGCAGGCGGCGAGGAGUUUCCUCUGGAUUCGACGUCUGCGUUUUCUUCUCUUUUGCCUUCUGUCUCCGUCGUGUCUUCUUCCGAGCCCAAGACUCCACUGGUCCCUACUCUGGAGCACCUGUACUUUUCGGAAAUCUAUCACUUGAAAAGCAGCAUAGCCCUCCAAGCGUUGGACCGCCUGCUGGCCUCCCAGUCAAUUCUCCCGCACCAGUUCUUCUUCGACUUUCUCAUGCGACAGUACAUCCCGAUGCUCGCGAAGAAACGCGAGCCGCCCAACACUGAGCGCUUCUGGAAGAAACUUCUCUUUCAAGUCACCCUGCGCUACAUCAGUCACUGGAACAGGCGUCCUGCGAACACUGCCGGCGGACGCCAGAGACUGCGGCUGAAGGAGAAGAAGAAGAAAGUGUGGGGAGUUGCUGCUUUGGGCCUCUGCGUCGAGGGUGAAGACAACGUUGUCCAAGUCAAUCCGCAGGACCACGAUGCACUCACUCAGGUCGAAGAGACUCUCUUGUCUUUUCGGAGUGCGUUUCUUAGCGGGACCGGCUGUCCCCAGCUGACGCUGGCCUUCGUGGUGCAGCUUCAGAGGAAAGGCUCCUCGAUGGACUUCUUCAACUUCCACUUAGAUCUGCUGUCGCUUCAGCCGCCCGCGUCGCUCGCGUCCUCACUGUCUCUGCCGCGCGCAGUCGCGUUUCAGAAGAUGAAGAGCAACUUUUCUUUCUUCUUCAGAGCGAAGACUUCGCACGAAGAGCGGGAAGAAGGCGCCAGAGGCCGCGACAAGGAUGGCCGCAGAAAGGCUCUCGCAGCGGGCGUCUUCUCCAAACGCAAAGAAACCGCAGACAGAAACGGCGGAGAAGAUCGACACCCUUCUUUCUUUCAAGCGGAUCUGGCAGGUUUAGCAGCCGUGAAUCUCUGGGAGGCGUACGAAAUUUGCCGUCUCCGGCAGCAGUCCGGCGCAGAUCUUCUUUCAGCUGCGCAGGAGUCGAGGCCUCUCUCGAGUUGGGAGGCCGUUGUCCAUCGAACUUUCUUCUCCACGCUGAAGCGACCUGCGUCCUCGUCGGUCGGUGCCUCCUUGGCUGUGUCGAAUAUAAGCCGAAGCUUCCCCUGGGACGUCACGCAGUUGUGCGAGUUCUUCUCGAGACUCGUUUUCGCGUUCUGUGGAGUCUCUGCGUCGCCCAGCAGGCGGGAAGAUGUCAAGGGAGAAGGCGAGAAGAAGAGCGACAGCUGGAAGACGGGAGGACAGUUGGGCAUGAAUCGAGGCGAGGAACAUCAAGCGAACAGUGAGGAAGACGCUCCUCAAGAAGACCAGUCUAUGAAUCCUCUGUUGAAAACGCGUCACGUGAAGCAAGAAGACGAGCUCCAACAUGGACUCCAAAAACCUUGUUCUUCUUCUCUUUCUUCUCUCUCUUCUUCGCUGUCUCCUCCCCUGCUGUCGUCCUCUCUCUCGCUGGCUAGCUCACUUUUGGUGUCCUGGCUUUCCGGCGUUCCCGGGGCGUCUCCUUCGCAGCUGUCGCCUUCUCCGGCUCUUCUGUCGAGCGCGUUUUCGCUACUGUUGCCCGAGGCGCGAGACGCGGCGUCUCUCCUGCUGCUGGCGCCGUCUGUCUCUGCGCUGCUCUAUCUGCCGCAGCGCGUCUUCGAUCCCGUCGAUGUUGUUGGCCGCGACGGUAACUUCAUCCUCGGCUUCGGCUACUCCGGCGAGACACCCGCGGUUUUCAACGCAGGCCGAGGCGGUCUGUGGGCCGCAACUCGCGCAGCCUUCAAGCUCCUGCAGCGGAAGGCCGAGCGCGAACGCGCAGCGCUCACGCCGAGUCGAGAAGGAGACUCUGCGCUCACCCAGACGGUCGGAGGCGACGCGGAGGGAGAAGACGAGAGACCCCUCGCGGGUGCGGUGGGGAAGCGCCGUAGAUGUGGAGAUGGCGGGGACGAGCUCAAGCUACUGACCAACGCAGAGACGGCUGCCGGUGACGCGAGGCUCGACGCGUCACCCUCAGAGGCCUCAGGCUGGGCAGAGGAAAUGACUGAAGAAAAAUUCGCUCUUGCAUGCGUUGACAGCGAAGCAGUUCCUCCGACGUUGCCAGUUGUGACGACCGGCGGUCUGCCUUACUGGGCGCUGUUGCUGCACCAACGCGAAGUCUUGUCUCAGCUUCGCUUCCGCCUGCUCUCUCACGCAUCUCACUCGCCAGCGCCGGGAGACGGCGCCGCCGCCUCUGUUUUCUCGCCUGCGUUCUUCGCUGCGUCGCGCGCUUCCGACCGUUCUCUUCUCUGCCCCGCAAACUUGGGCUCGCUUCUCUGCGCCUCAGUCGGCUACGAAAAGUACUGGUUGCCUGCAGUCUGCAUCCAAAUAGUCGAAGACGACGGAGUCCGGACUUCCAUCGUGCGUCUCCGGGAAGGCGUCCUCCCUCUUCGGUUCGCUCUCGACCCCAGAGCUGAAAGAGGAAGGAAGAAGGUGGCUUUGCGCGGAGACCGAGUCGUCCAUGGAACCUCGAGCAACAAAUUGAUGAUGAAGGCGGCGGACGCAGCAGCGGCUGCAACCGACGCGCCUGCCGCCGCGGCUGCUGCGGCGUCUGGUCUGAGCGCCGUCGAGGGAGUCGCUCCAGGAGGCGCAGGCGCCUGUGCGGCCGGACCUGCUGGCCCUGGUGCCCCCCCAGCAGCCGGCGGAGGAGGCGGAGGCUUCACGAGCUCAGACCAAGUUCGGUUUACAGGGGAACUGAGCGCGAGCGACAGAGGUCUGAUCGAGGCGCUGAAACGCUGCGUGGUGGCCAAGCAUCCUUCGCUGCUGUCUCUGGACAACAGGUCGCUGGUCGCGAAAGUGAACAGCAAGACGAAGCUCCCCGUCCUCUGGUUGAGAACAGACCCGAUGCAAGUCUGGAUAGGCAGAAUUCGUCGCUGCCAGAGCGGGAGUAUGUGGGAACAGCAGCUGUUCAACGACGUGAGCAUUUCCUCGCAGCUGGAAGCGGCCUCGGCGCUCGGACGUCUGCGGCCAGGCGAAGACGUUCUCGGCACUCUCUCCGACUCGGGGACGCGUGUGGGCGCGGGGAGUGCGUCACCCGAAGACUCGGCGCAUGCAGCGUUCCUCGCCGCCGGAGACUGUCUCGCGCGGGAUGCAGUGCACGCGCUCGGCCGCGCUCUCGCGUUCCACAGAUGGCACCCUCUGCUGCGGUCGCGGGUGGUCUACGCGCUCUGCUUCCUCCACAACCGAGUCCGGUCAGAGCAGCUGUCUGUCUGGACGUCUCUUGUGUCCUACAUGCACACCUUCCACUACGACAACCUGGGAGACGAUGACCGCGUUCAGCAUGCAGCGGCGCGCGCCUCUCUGCUGGGGAGUGAAGCUUCGGUUCUCCAUCGUUCAGUGUCGCCGCUAGCGUCUCCGAGUGGAGACGAGAGCCGCGUUUGUGGAGACGCGUCGGGUGUACACGCGACUGCUUCUGGCCCAGCGACUCAGGAGUCAGGAGGCGGAUUCUUUCGCAUUGCAGAAGUCGCCGCCUCCACUCCAGAAAUGCGGUUCCUGAGGCACUUCUAUGCUGCUGUUUCUCUUCUCCGGGACCCCGAAGGCUUAACGCGUCCCGAAGCGAUUGAAAUGCUUCUUCAGCCUCUCGUGUCGGCGAACAUUGGUGGUUCUUCUCCGGAUCAGGUGUCUGUCCACCAGACGUCUCGAGGCGCAGAUAAAGAGAUGAAGGAGGAAGAAACGGACGCUGCCUUCUCUUCCGGGAAGGAGGAGAAGCCUGAUGGACACGGUAAAAGCAAGACGCGGAAAGAGGAAGGAACAGUUGCCGGCAAAACCGCGGCUGUCGAUCUCCUCUGCUUCAUCGCUUCUGUCGUCGACUGCUUUGGAAACAUCAAGUGCCCGUACACCCCUUACCCGGCGUACGCGGAAACGCGACAUCCGUACUUCGGCUUUCUUUCCGAGGGGGAGAGCCGCUCGCUUUCUCUGCAGACUCCCGCGACUUUUGCGCCGGUGCACCGCCAUGAAACAGCGAGCGGAGGCAAAGACGAAAGUCAAGAAAGCUCUCGGACGGACCCCCCUGCACAUGCGUCUCCCGCGUCUGCGCCGGGAUGUAAGUGCAGCGACUUGACGUUCGGUGCCCUUUUCUCCGCGUUUGCGUCGUCGAGGACUUGCGAGAACCAUGCCUUCUCUUCCGAUGCUCAGUGGGAGGCUUUCGUGACUCGCAACGCAAGAGGCGUCGAAGCAGCUUGGUUGAAUUUGUGGCGGCUCUUCCGCCUCGACAGCGUCCCCGCUCUCGCCUCUCCAAGAUAUGCGAUCAGCUGCGCCUUUCUGCGAGUCCUCAGCCGGCAACCGACUCUGAGAGAUCUGGCGAGAAGACGUUUCCUCCGCGUCGCGUCCCCUUCUUCGUGCAAGACGAACUUUGUGUCGCACUUGCUCUCGCUGCUGGGUGCGAAGAGCCGACCGGAAUCGUCGGAGGCGACGAACGAGAGAGACUGCGUGCGAGGAGAAGAGGACGCAGACGACGAGGAAGGCGCGGAGGAACAGACGCCCUUCGACUUCCUCAUCUUUGUCCCUCUGCGUACCCACGACCAGUACCUGCGAGAGAACGCGUACAGCGCCUACGAGCUGCACUACGCCUACCACGAUGUCGCGGUUCACCGAGAGGCCAUCCGUGCACAGCUCCUGGUCUGCUGCGAGGGCGCCCUCCGCGUGUAUCGCGUUCCUCUUUCUUCGCGGCGAGGAAGCAAUCCUUUUUCGACUUCUGGAGAGGCGCUUGGGCACAGCGAACACAGGAGACAAGACGACGCGGCAGGUGUCAUUGACAGGGACGGCUCGGAGGAGCGCUGGCUGCAGAUGGACAGAGAAAUACGAAAGCAAAGACGCAAUUUGGGAGGCCUCACCGAACCGUAUACCCUCGUCUCUAAGUUUGUUUCACCGGAGGAACAGGCGAAACGCGCGCAACUCGGCUUGGGCAUUUACACGGCGAUGCAGUGCGCCGUCGAAAUGGAGCGACUUCUCCGCCCCGAUGAAGCUCGCCUCCCCAUCACCAUAUGGGAGGUAUUCCUCGAUGUUCUGGAAGAGCUUCGCAUCCGGAAUCCGGUGCUUUUCCUUCCGUUUGCCACCCACAUUGUGGAGCUGCAUUCGGGUACCGGUCUUGGACAGAACCCAAGCGAAAGUAGCCCCUCUGCGAGUGGCCUCUCUGGAUCAAGCGCUUCUGCAACUUCUGCUUCUUUCUGUAGCGGCUCCUCUGGAAUGCGUCCGGCCUUUUGUCGGCUUCUGGGGUGUCUAGGGCCUUGCUGUUCGCCGCUUAUUCCCGCCCUACCGCUGCCGGCGCCUCUGCUCUUUUCGCCUUCAGACGCUGCUGCAGCUGCGUCUACUUCUGUGCGCCACCAGCAACAAGUGCAUCUGCAGGAUCACGCGAUUAGUGUAGCACUCACUGUUAGCCAAGCAGCAAGCGCAUAUUUGACUUGUUACCUCACGAGCGAGGCCCAGGCCGCGGCGACCGGGAACCGCGCAGCCUUCUCUCAGAAGCUGUGUUACGCUCAAAACGUGUACGCCUUUCUGUUUGGUGUAGAUAUUCCGUUCUGCUGCCAUCCGGGUGCAGUGCUCCUCGCCAGACAGGCUGUUUCGCCGGUAGCGCAACACGGGUGUUCUGCCGAGAGCCGCUGCGGGCAUAAAUCAGACAGCGCUGCACGCACUCAUAGCUUUUCUGUAGAAGGCACUUCACCGCUUUGGAGCGACGCACUUCGGCCGGGAGCCGCCGCCGGCGCGGCAGCCUUUUGCUUGACACCUCCUCCCGACGACGGCGUCCGUGGCGCGAUGCCUCCUGAAAUACUGAUUCGUUUGGCCGGCGCUGGCGAGUUGCGGAGCGUCGAAGAAGAGGCCGCGGCAGAGUACGAUCUUUGCCUGAAGGCUGGAUCUCGACAACGGAAAAUGUGGACUUUUAAGAGAAAGUACAUGGAUAACGCACAGCACACUGCGCACUGGGUAGAUGUGGCCAUCGAGGCUGUCGGCGCCCUCAUGGAAAUGCCCGAGGCCGUCUGGUUCAUUCCGGACCCGGAGACGACCGUGAACGAGUAUCGGGCGGUCAUUCAGGAGCCGAUGUGGCUGAAGAAAGUCCAGGCAAAAUUGAAGGCCGGGCUGUACAAACUGCCUUAUCACUUCAAGCAAGACGUCGCGCUCAUUUUCCGGAACGCGCGGACCUUCAAUCGACCGGAAGACAGACCCUACCGCGACUGCUGUGUCGUCGAACAAAAGUUCAACCGGCUUUGGGGGUGCAUUAACCAGGCUUUUCAACGGGCUGCCGCCAAGUCGCGCAGAACUGCGACAGACGGGGCACAUGCCAGGCAGUCUCCGCCGGUAUCUUCGAGCGCACCUGGAGAAUCUUCCUCGACGGUCAGUGCUGCAAGCUACUUGCAAAGUCAAGUGUACGUACAGCCCCAGAUGAGCUAUGAACAGCAACUUUUGUCAACACUGCCAGCUGCGGGAAUUUCGGUCGGUGGAAUGGGGGCGCAGCCGACGGCGGAGCGUCUCGAGCAAGCGGCCAGAGGAAAUGCCACGCUUGGUGCGCCGGCUGCCUUCUACGAGUCCCCAAUCGAUUCUCAGGGAACGGGACCGUAUAACGGACAUCACGAGUGGAAGGCAGGGGAGGGGAUACAGGCUGGGUUCAUGCCUGCGAUGCAGCAAGCACAUCAACCAGGAAACAGAGGGCACAUGGAGUAAAAUGUUGAGUGUGUAUCGAGAGUGCCUCUCAUGUUGUGGCCCAUGUCAGAGUCGCCGUGCCUCUUGUGCAUCCACUUAUGCAUAGUUUCUUCGAUUUCCUCUUGUCCGUUGUGUAUGGUUGCGUCGCAACUUGACUUCUUCCGGACUAAAGAGCAGGAAGGCAGUGAAAUUAUUAAACUCC